UACCAGCUUUCCCGUUCAAGUGAAAUUAAUGCGUGGCUGUCAUUUUCUGGAACAAAAUGUCGAUAACAACUUGCCAGAAGGUUACUCUUAUAUCAUGCUCUGUUCUCUGCAUUUCUCUCUUUCUGCCCAGAAUGCUUUUGCCCCGAGCGAAACAGGAGAUGGGGCAGCCUGAGGUUGGACCUGGGUUCUACCCUCCUGCCAUGCGCAAGCUGUCAGUGCCUGAAGACCCAGAACAGUGGGAUGUGGACCCUCCGUAUUCAGUGGCACACAGUCUGGAGAGGAUGGCAAAAAUAAAAGGCAUCAGACAAGGCAAAAAAUACAACCUGAUGGCUCAGGUGAUACCCUUAUAUGGCUUUGGGAUCCUUCUUUACAUCGUGUAUAUUAUCCAUAAGCUGACAUGUAGGGGGAAGACUAAUAAAUCAGGAAAGUACUCUACAGUAACCAUGGCAAACAGGAAGAGUACAAUUAUCACUGAUAAUGAGCUCGCCAGGCUUCAGGAGAGGCUGCUGCAAACAGAAGCGAUGAUGGAGAGGAUUGUCUCUAAGAGGAGCAAUUGUUCUGAGAGUGGCAGACGAAGGAGGAGUAAAACCACAACUUCAAAGAAGGAGGAGAAAUUACUUAGGCAACUGAGACAGAUCACACAGCUGAUGCAAGAGGGCCGACUGGAGGGAGCCUCCCCAGAGAUGGAGGCUGAGAUGGUCCCAUACGGUGCAGACUGGGAAGGCUACCCAGAGGAGACAUACCCAGAAUAUGAUGAACCCUGUCCCAGACGUGGACUUAAGACAGUUAAACUUGAGGAACCUCCCACACAGCCCACUGCUGAGGCCCUUGCAGAGAGAAUGGAGCAAGAGGAGGAAGAGGUUAUGGCAAGGAAACUCUCCAUAGUGAAAGAGGAAGAUGAAGAUGAAGAAGAAGAGGAGGAGGACACAGAAGCACAAGAUGAGGAGGAGAAUGAAGAGGAAGAAGGGGAGGCAUUAGAUGAAGUUAUGGGAGCAGAGGAAGGCAUAGAGGAGGACGAGGAGGAGGAGGAGGAAGAGGCUGAGGCAGAGAAAAGGCAUUUGCUCCAUCCUCCAUUAUCUCAGCCUGCUCCGGGAAGAACACCAGUGAGAAUUGGUUUGGAGGUAAAGAAAGAGCUGCAGUGUGGUGGGAAGAAGCAAAUCAGCUUCAGCGACCACAGAGACGUCUUCCACUACCCUAAAGAGGAUACGUUCGAGGACGGGGAAGAGAGCAAGGACGAGGAGGUGGAGGAAGAGGACGAGGACGAGGAGACAGAGGUGGAAGAAGAGGAGGAAGCUGAUGAAGAUGAUCCAGUGAUGGAGGCAGAGAGCCUGCAGUUCAGCUGUGACGGCAGUUCAAACCCAGAGGAAGAAGCAGAGGAGGAUACAGAAGGAAAUUUUUUAAUGUCAUUGCCCACGGAGGGCAACAGUCGUAUCCAUGCAGAUGCAUCUAAAGACGUCGGGGUGAGCGGACUGAGGAUGCGGAACAGGAGGGAGACAUGAGGAGUUUUCCCGCAUCUGAAAUGAGUUUUAAAACAUACAGUGAACUUCGACCUGUGUUUCUAUUUCUUCCUUAUAUGUUUAAACCAUAAACCCCAAAAUAA